CGGGGUUAGAUACAGAGUAAAGCUCCCUCUGCGCUAUCUGGAUUAUGGGAGCUGGGCUCUGUUGCUGCAGCCGGUGCUGUGGUGGCCUUGAAAGCUGCUUGUUAUCACUGUCCAUUGGCCUGGGGGCAGCUGCUGGUGUGAGUCAUUUUCCCGGCCUGCGGGGCUGGUGAGCGCGACCUGUCCUGCAGCCAGCGCCGGAUCUUCGAGACGUGCGGCAUUAAUCACUCCGCGGGUGACGUUCGGGUGCGAUAAGCGCCGCCGACUGUGGUAUAUCAAGUGGGGGAGCCGCCGAAGGUGCUUCAGUCGCCUCUACCCGGAACCUGGAAGGAUGGGCGGAUCCCUGGCGUCGCUGCUGCUGCUGCUCUCAGCCCUGCUCCUGUCGGGCGCCCUGGCCUUGUGUCCUGACCCCAGCACCCUGCGGAACGUGGACGGCGUGAGGGUGUGCGCCCGCUUCUACCGGGACAGCAACGUGCUCUACGACCGCUGCUGCUCCGGCGGCUUCUUCGAUGUGGUCAGCCCUGCCGACGUGGCCUCCAUGGGGCGCGAAUGGAACGACCGGAUCUCCUCGCUGGUGGUGGGGCCUCGCUGCCAGCUCACCGUCUGGAACAAACGCAACAAGCUGGGCUACAGGCGCACCUUCCGUACCGGCAUCCAGUACCGCCUGGUGGAAUCGGGCAAGGGGCUCUUUGGCAACUGGGACAACUCCAUCUCCUCGUACUACUGCACCUGCAGCUGAGCACCUGGCGUGCGCUCGCCCACCACCCCCCCCCCAGCCUGGAUCAUCAUCGCUCGCCUCUUAUCAUACCCGCCUGGGCACCGGAACCCCGCUCUCCCAACCUCGCCAGCCUUGAUCAUCAUCGCUCACCUCUUAUCAUACCCGCCUGGGCACCGGACCCCCGCUCUCCCAACCUCACCAGCCUUGAUCAUCAUCGCUCGCCUCUUUUCGUACCCGCCUGGGCACCGGACCCCCGCUCUCCCAACCUCGCCAGCCUUGAUCAUCAUCACUCGCCUCUUUUCGUACCUGCCUGGGCACCGGACUCCCGCUCUCCCAUCCUCGGCAGCCUUGAUCAUCAUCGCUCGCCUCUUAUCGUACCCGCCUGGGUGCAGAGCCCCACUCUCCCAACCUCACCAGCCUUGAUCAUCGUCGCUCGACUCUUAUCGUACCCGCCUGGGCGCCGAACCCCGCUCUCCCAACCUCACCAGCCUUGAUCAUCAUUGCUCGCCUCUUAUCGUACCCGCCUGGGUGCAGAGCCCCGCUCUGCCAACCUCACCAGCCUUGAUCAUCAUCGCUCGCCUCUUAUCGUACCCGCCUGGGCGCCGAACCCCGCUCUCCCAACCUCACCAGCCUUGAUCAUCAUCGCUCGCCUCUUUUCGUACCCGCCUGGGCGCCAACCCAUGCCCGGGCAGCAAAGAGGCACGGUUUGCCCCCUCCUGCCACCCACACACCUCCCCCCCUCAGCUAUCCUCCCUCCCACCUCGCCCAAGGCAGAACUCCCGACGGGACCAGUUAACCACACCAACCCCCCCCGCCAAUCCCUUGCCCCCUUGGCAAAGUGUCACCCGUGCCCCCCGGCGGUGCCAAUGUCCAUCGGGCGGUGCCAUCUUGGCCUUCGGGUUGUCUCCGGCGUUCGCCCCUCCCCCCCCCCCACCCCUCCAACCCCUCUACCUCCGCUGGCGUGAU